AUGGUCAUCUACAACGCCGAGAAGGACUAUCCAUUACCAAACCUCGAUCUCCUCUCACUUCUGUUCGAAUCGGAACUAUCUCUGACCAAGGAGGACACGGUGAUACACGCAGAAGCAGCCGACCCAAGCAACCGAAUCACCAAAGCAGAAGGCAGAGCACUAACCAAACGAAUAGCCUACCAGCUUCGCAACUCCUUCGGCAUCGGCAAGAAUGGUCCCAGCAAAGACGUGGUGGUGUGCAUCGCCUCCGGCCAGAUCCUCCUGCCAACGCUGUUCUGGGGCGUGAUCGCUGCAGGUGGUGUCUACUCUGCGGCGAGCUCUGCCUUCACGCCGAACGAGUUGGCUCGGCAGGUCAAGCAGGGUUCUUCCAACUUGAUCGUUGCUAGCAGUGAUUGCAAGGAUGUGGCAGUCAAGACGGCAAAGCUUUGUGGUGUGCCGUUGGAGCGAGUGUUGAUUCUGGAGUCGAUGGGACAUCAGAGAGUCCUUCAGCCUGCGACGGGCGCUGCCAACCUGUUGGAUGGUCCGGGCAGACCGCACGAGUCGCUGGAGUGGGAGCGGAUCACUGAUCGGGCUGUCCUUGAGGAUCGUGUCAUUUGUUUGCUGUACUCGUCUGGAACGACGGGUGUGCCUAAAGGAGUGAAUCUGACGCACAUGAACUUGGUGUCUGAGGGUCUGAUACCACAACUCCAGCUUCGCGAGUAUUUCGCUCGUCAGCAAAGGAAGGACCCAUCGUACAAAUUCGAGUACAGGACUCUUGCACAUCUGCCGGCGGCACACAUCGCGGGCUGCCAAGGAUACUUCGUCAAUCCGAUGAUCGCCGGUGGACCUGUGUUCUGGAUGCCCAAGUUCGAUUUUCCGAAGUUUUUGGAGUACAACAAAACGCACAAAGUCACUUCCUUCUUCACCGUCCCACCAAUCUACCUCUUGAUCGCCAAAUCGCCCCUCGUAACAGACCAAUUCGCAACACUGCAGCAUGCCAUCACAGGCGCCGCACCGAUGGGACCUGAGCUGAUGGCCAUGGCACAGGCCAAGCUUGGCUGCCAGAUCUCACAGACUUGGGGUCUGAGCGAGACGACGGGCUCAAUGACAGUCAUGCCCUGGGAUCAGCACGACGAUACAGGUGGUGUAAGCCCACUCAUGCCCAAUUGCAAGAUGCGGAUAGUGUGUGAUGAUGAGAAGGAUGUCAAGGAGGGCGAAGAGGGAGAGCUGCUUUGCAAGGGCCCGAAUGUAUGUAAGGGGUAUUUCGAUAAUGAGAAGGCAACGAGAGAGUCGUUUACGCAUGACGGGUGGUUCAAGACGGGAGAUAUUGGCGUGAGGAGAGAUGGGAAGUUCUAUGUGGUGGAUCGGAAGAAGGAACUCAUCAAAUACAAAGGCCUACAAGUCGCGCCGGCCGAGCUCGAAGCCCUCCUGCUCUCGCACGACAAGAUCCUCGACGCCGCCGUCAUCGGCAUUCCGGACCCGAACGGCAGUGGGAAUGAAUUACCGAGGGCGUAUGUUGUGGCAGAUCAGGCGAAGAUUGAUGCGGAGGAGAUCAAGAAGUUUGUGAAGGAGAAUCUGGCGCAGCAUAAGCAGUUGAGGGGUGGAGUGGUGUAUCUGGAAGCGAUUCCGAAGAGUCCGAGUGGGAAGAUUUUGAGGCGGGAGUUGAGGGAUGCUGUGAAGCGAGAGCAGAAGGCAGAGCAGGCGAAGCUGUGA